AUGGAUGGUGGCUAUGGCAGCACGGCAGUGGGCUCUGGGAUGUCGGGCAGUCUGGGUGGCUCUGAGACGGUCCCACUGCUGAUCACGGACCCCGAACCAGAGACGCCGAAAUGGCAGCCCAUGUCCAAGGAACAGCUGGCGCUCGAAGCGGGGGGGCCGGGGUGGAGGAAAAUACGCUCCCGCCUGAUGGUGGUCUUCUGGCUGGGUUGGCUGGCCUUGCUGGGCGCCUCUAUUGCCAUCAUAGUGCAGAGCCCCCGGCCGGUCGCACCGACGCUGAUGUGGUGGCAGAGGGCGCUGUUUUACCGCCUACAGCCCAUACUGCUCAUGGACGCCCAGAACGAGGUGCCAGAUGGUAUCGACGUGGCGUGUGAGCAGCUACCGUACCUGAAGUCCCUGGGCGUGAAGGCUCUGAUUCUGGAGGGUCUGUUUCACCAGGACGCGUCCCCACUGGACCUCAGAAAGAUUGAUGAGCGAGUGGGUACAGUGCCUCAGAUCCAACAACUGCUCAUGGAGAGCCACAACGCAGGCAUCAAAGUAGUGUUUGACUUCUGUGAUCUGGACCUGUUCGGACCCAAAGACUCAGUAGGCAACGACUCUGCUGUGCCCUCUGACCUCACUGGCUCAAUACAGUAUGCACUCCGAUUUUGGUUGGAACAGGGUGUGGCAGGAUUUGGAAUCUGUGACACAGAUGCUGCAUAUUCAGAAAAGACCCUGACCGAGUGGAGAGGUCUGGUCAAGGAGUUCAACACAUCAGAUGAUGAGAGGAUUGUAGUGGUGAAACAAACAGGAGAGUCUCUACCUGCCCUGAAUACCUCUAGCACGUCAGUCAACAGCUCAUUGGUGGAGCUGGUUAUGAUGUCACUACUGCCGCACGAGCAUCACCUCCUGUCCGGACAGGAAGUGGCCAUUGCCGUGGAGAGACACCUGUCGACAUCCCACGGCGAACUUUGGCCCAGUUGGACGAAUGUGUCUGCAGACAUGAGCUGGGAACGUGAGGCAGACAAGACCAAUGGACUGAACGACUCUGUUGGGGAACAGAGGAAGCUCAAACACUCUGCCUUGGCUCUGUUCAGCUCCCUCAGUGGCUCUCGCCUCAGAGAAGAAUCUCUCCUUUAUGGGAGCUUCACCUUUCUCCCCUUCAACACCACCUCCCCCCCCCCCUACUCCUCCAACUCCACCUUGGCCCCCCCGUCAGCCCCUGUGCUAGCCUUCCUGCGCUCUUGGGGCUGUGUCCACUUCCUGGUGCUGCUCAACCUGGGGCCUGAGGCCCAAGCCCUGGACCCAGCAUGGGCUCCCAGCCUUCCCACUGCUGGGGUGUUUGUGACCAGCACAGGGAUGAACCGCCUGGGCGGCACCUCCCUGGAAACACUGAGGCUCCAGCCAGAGGAGGCCAUAGUCAUCAAACUGUUUGGGUCUGGCAGCUACGCCUCCUAG